UUUGCUGAAAGCUACUUGCUUGUUCGCUGGAUUUCCUGCCACUGGCGAGAAUGCUGUGAGUCUUGGUUUACAAAUGUGUUUUCUUUGAAGACAGUGAUGUUCUACGAAGGAUACUAUUUCGAAGGGUCACUAGCCAGUACCGUGUUCUAUAUGAUCGUAGCAGUUUUCACAGUGGUUGGGAAUUCGCUAGUUUUCAUCACCUUCGUGAAAGAUCCAUAUGGCCAACUUCGCAAGCGAAGAAACUAUUUUCUGGUGAAUUUAGCGGUGAGUGACAUCAUCAUGGGAGCCUGCGCUGAACCGCUGCUAGCGUGUGGUUAUUGGUACAAGAAAGAUCAAAUAUUCUUUGCACAUUAUUUGUUCGCCAUUAUUUCAGGAGCUUCCUCGCUAACCAGUCUAACGGCUCUUACCAUAAUCCGCUAUUAUGCGCUCAAGGACCCAUUUGAAUACGAAAUGUUGAUCAGUAGUAAGCGGGUUCUGGCUGGAGUGGUUUUGAUCUGGCUGCAGAGUGGCCAUCUGGCGCUGUUGCCGGUAUUAGGAUGGCAGACACCUUCGUAUCAACUUUAUCUCUACGGAGUUGGCUUCUCUAUCCCCUGCAUUUUCAUCUUUUUAGCAUACUUUGGGAUUUUGAGAUCGAUUCGUCACUAUACUAAGAACGUAAUGAAAGUAAAUGCUACGAUUGACUCGCGCUCGUCAUCCGCCUUUUACCUAAGCACCGAAGCUAUUGAAAACCAAGGACAAGUUUCCCGUCCCGAGAAUAACGGGGUUCGCACUCGACGCGCAGUCGAACGAGAAAAGAAUGUCACAAAGACGUUACUUAUUGUGAUGUGCAUUUUUGUUCUAAGUUGGUUACCAAUGCUCAUCGUUGACGUUUUAAUGGUGCAAUGUGUAAGUUGCCGGAAUUGGGAAAACAUCCACUUAGCAAGAGAUGUAACGCUAACUAUCACUUAUUUCAGUUCUGGUGUUAAUCCAAUUCUAUACACCCUUCGAAUGCGGCAGUUCAGAGCUGCGGUCAUUAAACUCUUGGGUUUAGGCGAUUGGGUCAUAGUGAUGCCUUACAAAAGAAAUCAACAAAAUUCGUGACACGACUUUGGUUAAAUGUUAAAUCGAAAAAUAAAUAAAUAAAUGAACGAAUGAAAAAAUCGCCGGCGAAAAUGAUAAUCACUGGCAAAGGUUCCGUUGAUAUUUUAGAGCGUACGUUCGCGAGCACGCGCGAAACUCAUUUCUUCGUACUAAACUGUCAUAGUUUUAAGUCCAAAUAUAAGUGGUUAAUAUUGA